AUGGACAAUAUUCGUUGUCCUAACAUCAUCAGUUUUUAUGGCGCAUGCACGGAAACAGGGAAAUAUGGAUUGGUUAUGGAAUACAUGUCAUUAGGAUCAUUGUACAAACUAUUACACGAAGAUAAUUUAGUAUUAACAUGGCCUGAACGAUUAUCCAUUGCUUUUCAAACAUCUAACGGAAUCAAUUAUUUACAUCAAUUACCAGAACCUCUCUUACAUCGUGACAUAAAAUCGUUGAAUUUCUUGAUAGAAAGAGCUUAUGAAGGAUAUACUGUCAAAGUAUGUGAUUUUGGUUUGGCUCGUACACGAAACGAAACGACACGUCAAUCAAAAUCCGAUUCUACACUGACUUGUACACUACCAUGGACUGCUCCUGAAAUAUUACGUUUGGAACGUCAUACAGAUAAGAGUGAUAUCUAUAGUUUGGGAGUAGUUUUUUGGGAACUGGCUACAUAUGAAAUACCUUAUUAUGAGUAUCCAGAUGAUGUCAUUCGUGCAUCUGUGCUUGCUGGUGACCGUUUGAAGAUACCAGAAAGUACACCAUCGGUUUUUCGUGAGCUUAUCAAGAAAUGUUGGGCACAAAAUCCAAACGACCGACCCAAUAGCUCUGAUCUGGUCGAAAUAAUUGAAAAACCUAUUCAAGUUCGAGUAAUUCCCAAAAUUCCAGUCAAUGCUCGAUGGACACAGAAUGGAGUGACCGUCGCUGGAGGUAAUGAAAAAAGCAACGCCAUCAAUCGACUCUGGAGCCCUGAAGGUCUCUUCAUUGAUGAUGAUCAAACAAUGAUUAUUGCUGACAGCUCGAAUCAUCGUAUCAUUCAGUGGAAGAUGGAUGAUACGAGUGGAAAGAUAGUAGCUGGCGGCCAUUGCAAUGGAAAUCAAUUGCAUCAAUUAUAUUAUCCAACCGAUGUGCUGACCGACAAAGAAACCGAUAGUAUCAUUAUCUGUGAUUGGGGAAAUGGACGAGUCGUACGAUGGUCUUGUCGUAGUGGCACAACUCAAGGAGAAAUCCUCGUCGACAACAUCAAAUGUUGGGGACUGGCCAUAGAUGAUCAGAGAUAUCUGUAUGUUUCUGAUACCAGCAAACACGAAGUAAGACGAUAUCGAAUAGGAGACAAGAAUGGAACUCUCGUGGCUGGUGGUAAUGGCCAAGGUGAUGGUCUCAAUCAGCUUAACUGGCCAACCUACCUAUUUGUCGAUCAGCAACAGACUAUCUAUGUGUCAGAUAACAACAAUCAUCGUGUGAUGAAAUGGAAUGAAGGUGCAAAAGAAGGAAUUGUUGUCGCGGGAGGUCAAGGUAAAGGAAAUGCUCUGACACAAUUAUCGUAUCCUCGAGGACUCUUCGUCGAUAUGUUGGGUACUCUCUAUGUGGCCGACUCGUGGAAUCAUAGAGUGAUCCGUUGGCCUAAAGGAGCGACACAGGGCACUGUCAUUCUGGGUGGAAAUGGUGAAGGAAGAGGACCAAAUCAGUUCAACUCUCUCAGAGGUUUGUCCUUCGAUCGACAUGGCAAUCUCUACAUCGUUGAAUUUGGGAAUCAUCGCGUUCAACGCUUUUCGAUCGAAUAG